AUGAGACAUCUUGACCGCUUCCUCAACCACAUCCAUACAAAAGGGAAACAUGAACAUCCUCAAGAAGAGCAGCAGCAAUAUCCUCCACCUCCCUUAGCACCACAACCACAGCCACAGUAUACCGCUUCCACAGUUGCUCCCCAAUCGCAGAACAGCUUCCCUGCGCCCGACCAUCUCCAUAAUGUCUUUGCUCACUUCAUUAUCGGAAAUGCGUACUACAUGACCCCAGAACAAUGGGAGUACGAUAUCAUCGAAGCGCAAAAAGCCCAUAUUGACGGCUUUGCAUUAAAUAUCGCGCCCCAAGACCACCACACCGAUCGAGCUCUACAAACUGCAUUCGACGUCGCCGAAAAGCUCGGAAAUUUCUCUUUAUUCAUCUCCUUCGACUAUGGAUCCGGAGGACCCUGGCCCGCGGACCGAGUGAUCUCGAUCAUCAACACUUAUAAGACCAGAACAGCACAGUUCCACUACAAUGGUAAGCCGCUGGUGUCCACCUUCGAGGGGGCCGGCAACGCUGGUGACUGGCCAAAUAUCAAAAAUGCCACCGGAUGCAUGUUCAUCCCCUGUUGGACGAGCAUGGGCCCGGAAGGGAUCCACAGCGUCAUGGAUACGAUCGACGGCGCAUUCAGCUGGGAUGCCUGGCCCGUGGGGGCUGAGAACAAAUCCACCGCAAGCGAUGUCGCCUGGAUGGAUGCCCUAGCGGGAAAACCAUACAUGAUGCCGGUGGCACCGUGGUUCUACACCAAUCUCCCGCAGUGGAACAAGAAUUGGCUCUGGCGCGGCGACGACUUGUGGCAUUACCGUUGGAAGCAGGUCAUUGAGCUGCAGCCGCCGCUGGUCCAGAUUUUGAGCUGGAACGACUAUGGCGAGUCGCAUUACAUCGGGCCCAUCUAUGGCUCUGGUAUGCCUGAUGGCGCAUCGCGGUAUGUCUCCGAUCAUCCUCACGAUGCUUGGCGGGAAUUGUUGCCGCACUACAUCGAUGGGUACCGACAGAAUAUUGCGAGGGUCCAUGGGAACGGGGUCAACGCUGUGUCCAUGAACCCGCAGGUGUCUUCUCGCGACAAAAUCGUCUACUGGUAUCGACUCAACCCCGGGAAUUCGGGGAGCUCUGACGGAACCACGGGCAAUAACCCGGCCAUGGGUCAGAAGCAGAUGGAUCCGUGUGAGUUAUCGCAGGACCGAGUGUUUGUCAGCGUGGAUUGUAGACUGGAAUGCUUAGUCGUCAUAGUCGAAAGUCGGAUGGUGGUGGUGUGGAGUGAGGGGAUCGGAGUAAUCGGGUUGCCUUAUCAGGAACGCCUCCGCAUUCCCCUUCUCCAACUCUCCCGCCUCUUCCUUUUCCUCCUCCCUUCCAUCCAUUGUCCUCCCCCUGUCUUCCUGUGUCUCUCCAUCUCCCUUCACAACUUCACAUCCCUUGUAACUGGACCCGAAAUGGCCAAAAAAUACGGCAUCAUGGGGCUCAGCGGCGUCCCCGUGGCUUAUCGCCCGGCGGAUCAACCACGUCCAGAGUCAACGCCCUCGCUCCCAGCCACCAUUGAGUCAUCCCCAGCUUCCAGCACCACCGCCUUCGCUCCAGAGGCCUAUUCGCAACCGUACUGCGAUUUCAUGACCGCCAAUCCGACGAUCUUCCACGCAGUCGAUAGCUUUGCGAAGCGACUCGAGAGCAAAGGCUACAAGCGCCUUCCGGAACGCGAGUCCUGGUCAUCGAAGCUGCAAAGAGGGGGCAAAUACUACUGCACGCGAAAUGGCAGCGCAAUCAUCUCGUUCUCCAUUGGAAAGGAUUACGAGAGCGGCAAUGGCAUGGCCAUUGUGGCGGGUCACAUCGACGCCCUCACCGCAAAGCUGAAACCCGUGUCUAAGGUCCCCACCAAAGCCGGUUUCGCCCAGCUGGGCGUGGCGCCCUAUGCAGGUGCGAUGAGUCAAACCUGGUGGGAUCGCGAUCUCUCCAUUGGCGGUCGUGUCCUGGUCCGUGACCCGGCGUCGGGCAAGGUCGAGUCCAAGCUGGUCAAGCUGGGCUGGCCCAUCGCCCGCAUCCCGACCCUGGCGCCCCAUUUCGGCGCCCCGUCGCAGGGCCCCUUCAACCAGGAGACGCAGAUGGUCCCAAUCAUCGGCAUCGACAACUCAGACCUUUUCCAGCAACAGGGGCUCUCCGCCGCAGCGGAUAACGGGAUCGAGCCCGGUACGUUUGCGGCGACGCAGCCCGAGAAGCUGGUCAAGGUGAUCUCCAAGGAGCUUGGGGUCACGGAUUACAGUACUAUUCUGAACUGGGAGCUGGAGCUGUAUGAUAGUCAGCCCGCGCAGCUGGGUGGUCUGGAAAAGGAUUUUAUCUUUGCCGGCCGCAUCGACGAUAAGCUGUGCUGCUAUGCUGCCCAGGAGGCGCUGCUGGCGUCGCCGGAUAGCACCUCCACCAGCUCCAUUAAGAUGGUGGGUAUGUUCGAUGACGAGGAGAUUGGCAGUCUGCUCCGGCAGGGCGCCCGCUCCAACUUCAUGAGCAGCGUGAUGGAGCGCAUCACGGAGGCAUUCGCCUCCAACUACGGUCCCAACAUCCUCUCGCAGACGGUCGCUAACAGCUUCUUCGUCUCGUCCGACGUCAUUCACGCCGUGAACCCCAACUUCCUGAACGUCUACUUGGAGAACCACGCCCCGCGACUGAACGUCGGCGUGGCGGUGUCGGCCGAUUCCAACGGCCACAUGACUACCGACAGCGUGAGCUACGGCUUCAUCAAGCGCGUUGCGGAUCUUUGCGGUGCGACGCUGCAGGUUUUCCAGAUCCGUAAUGAUUCUCGCAGCGGUGGCACCAUUGGCCCAAUGACGAGCGCCCGCAUUGGUAUGCGGGCAAUUGAUGUCGGUAUUCCGCAGUUGAGCAUGCACAGUAUCCGUGCGACGACGGGAAGCCUUGACCCAGGCUUGGGUGUGAAGCUGUUCAAGGGCUUCUUUGACCAUUUCGAGGAGGUCGACAAGGAAUUCGCCGACUUUUAA